AUGAAUAUCUCGUUUUGUCUUCUUUGGAUUUUUAUCCAAAGAAUUUCAACUCUUUCGUUUAAUCAACCGAAAUUUUGUUCAAAUGCAAGUUGGAAUAAAUCUGCAAUUACUUUUGCUGAUCAAAACAUUAUUGGAUCAUUUCCCUAUGCUCUUUUUGUCAAUACAAACAACACAAUCUAUUCAUUCAAUAUCGAUACAAAACGAAUUCUAAUCUGGACCAAUCAAAGUUCAAAUCCAACAAAAACAAUUUCGGGGAAUUUUACCUAUUCAUAUUCGAUAUUUGUGACAAAUGUUGGUGAUAUUUUUAUUGAUAAUGGUCAGUCGAACAAUCAAGUUAAUCAAUGGAUUCAACGAAAUGAAAGUUUGAUCACUGUCAUGAGUGUCGAUUCUCAAUGUUAUGGUUUGUUUGUCGAUCAAAAUAAUUCGUUAUAUUGUUCAAUGUACAAUCAACACAAAGUGAUCAAGAGAUGGUUGAAUGAUGCUGAUUUGACACCAAAAAUUGUUGCUGGAAAUGGCACUGAAGGUUCUGCUCUUAAUGAACUUUCUUCUCCUGUUGGAAUAUUUGUUGAUGUGAAUUUCGAUCUAUAUGUGGCAGAUUAUCGAAAUAAUCGUAUUCAACAAUUUGAAGUUGGACAGUUAAAUGGAAAAACGAGAGUGGGACAAGGAUCUUCAAAUUUCACAAUUACACUUAGUCUUCCAAUUGGAAUUGUUCUCGAUGCACAAAAAUAUCUUUUCAUUCUGGAACAAGGAAGUGGUCGUAUAAUGGGAGAAGAUGCGAAUGGUUUUCGAUGUUUAGUUGGAUGUGAUGGAGGAGGUUCACAAUCUCAUCAAUUAUCCGCUCCAUGUGCUCUGAGUUUUGACAUUGACGGAAAUCUUUUUGUUAUUGAUAAUGGAAAUAAGAGAAUUCAAAAGUUUAAUUUUGAAAAAACUUCGUGUAAUAAAUCUUCGGUAAUUGGAACAACAAAUCAAGUUGCAGAAAGUGAAUUAUCGACUGUUUCAUUGACAACGACGAAGAUCGAAGAAACUUUUCCAAUGACAACUGAAGGAUUUUUAUCAACUGUUCGAACAAAUUCAGAUCAAACAGCUUUUCCACGAAUUUCACAAGCUCUUUCGUUUAAUCAACCAAAAUUUUGUUUGGGUGCUGUUUGGAAUGGACAUGGAAUCACUUUCGCUAAUCAAAGUAUUGUUGGGCAAAAUCCUCUUUUGUUAUUUAUCGAUACAAAUAAUACAAUCUAUGUUGUUGAUCAAGAUAAAAACGAAAUUUUAAUUUGGUUUAAUCAAAGUACAUAUCCAACAAAAACGAUUUCAGGAAGUUUUUCAUAUCCAACAUCGAUGUUUGUGACAACUUUGGGUGAUAUCAUUAUCGAUAAUGGUUUUGCCAAUAAACGAGUUGAUCAAUGGAUUUCUAAGAAUAAUACUUUUAUCACAGUAAUGGAUGUCGAAUCAAAAUGUACAGGACUUUUUGUUGAUCAAAUGGAGAAUUUAUAUUGUUCAAUGACAGAAAAUCAUAAAAUAGUCAAGAAAUCGUUGAAUCAGGAAUUACUCACACCAAUAGUCGUUGCUGGAACUAGUAGUUCAGGUUCGGCAUCAAAUGAACUUUCUGAGCCUCAUGGAAUUUUUGUUGAUACAAGUUUCAAUCUGUACGUAGCUGAUUAUGCCAAUAAUCGUAUUCAAUUAUUUGAAUUUGGCAAUUCGAAUGGAAUAACAAAAGCUGGACGAGGAUCUGCUACUUAUACACUUGAACUCAAUCGUCCAAUUUCUAUUGUUUUGGAUAAUGAUAAAUAUCUUUUUAUUUCGGAUCAACAGAAAAGUCGUAUAAUUGGUUCAAAUCAAGUUGGUUUUCAAUGUAUAAUUGGAUGUGAUGAACGGGGUUCACAAUCUGAUCAAUUAUCAUAUCCGUACAGUUUGAGUUUUGAUAUUGAUGGAAAUAUUUUCGUUGCUGAUGAGUACAAUAGUCGAAUACAAAAAUUUCUUUUCGAAAAAGAUUCAUGUCAAAAUGAAGUAACAACAAUCGACCAACAAAGUGAAAUUACUUCACAUCAAGUAUUAUCAACAACAAAUCCUUCAAAAAACGAAUGUGAAACUCCACAUAUUCGUUUAAUACCUACUUCAACAUAUUUAUCACCGAUUCAAAUUCGUCGAAAUCAGAAUUUUUAUAUUCUAUCCAAAGUCAAAUUAAAUUGUUCAAAAUCAUUUCAAGUCAAAUCCCAAUGGAAAAUCCAAAAUUGUACAACGGAAUGUAAUACAAAUGAACUUUUGUUCGAUUCAAUUGACUCAACUGCAUAUGAUUUGCACAUUCCUUCGACAACACUUCCCUAUGGAAUUUAUCGAUUUACUCUUCAAAUCCAAAUGAUUGUCGAUUCAGCAAUUCAAUCAUCAAAAUCAGUUUAUAUUCAAGUGAUUUCCACAGGAAUCACAGCAAAUCUUGUUCCAUUGGGAACAUCGAUGAUCACAUCUGGUUAUGAACAAGAUCUUCAUUUAAAUCCUGGAAAAUAUUCCAAUGAUCCUGAUGGUUAUCCAUUCAACUCCACAGAUUGGACAUAUCUAUACGAUUGUCGAGCUUAUAAUACCUACGACAUCGUGGACAGAUAUUCAAUAAAUAAUCCAUCAGAACUGUCAUGUUUGUCAAAUCAAUUCCAAUACGAAUUCGAUGGAGUCGAACUCCCAAAAGAAACUUCAGUCACAAUCUUUGCUGGAUCAUUGGAAUUAGAUGAAACAUAUACAUUUAGUGUUCGGCUGACUAAUCGAAGAAAUCGAACAAUUCACGCAUUCGGCUCUGUUCUUGUUCAAAUCAAAGACUCACAAAGACCAAUGAUUAGCAUCGGAUGCGUUGUUCCAACACUUUGUCCAUUAAAUCUUGGAUAUCGACUGAUCAAUCCAACAAUGCAAUUGGCAUUAUUUUCCCGAUGUGAAUCAAAUUGCCAACCAAUUGAGAAUAUCAAAUGGAAUAUUUUCUAUAAAUCAAUGAAUUCGCCUUCGAGUACAAUUCAAUGGUCUUCAUUCGAGGAAUCGGAUUUAUACGCUAAAAUUUACAUUUUUGGAGCAAACACAACUAAUGUAACGAUAACAAAUCAUCUGUUUUCGACAUAUCGUCAUGUAAAAUAUUGGCGUUUCGAAGUAACUUAUACCUUUCGAAGUCAAAUUGGUUCAAGUGCAUUGGAUUUUGAAAUUCAAAUGGAAUUUGUCAAUCCAACAUGUUCAAUAUUUCCAACAAAUGGAACAACAACGACGCGUUUUCAUAUCACAUGUUAUCAUCCAUCGAAACUGAAUUUUAUUCAAGAAUAUUCAUUAUAUUAUUGGUUAAAUGAUUCGAUGAAGUUGACAAUCAUCGCAUUUUCACCUGUUUCGAAUUUUACAGUUCAAUUACCAAGUGGAAAACUCAAUCUCGUUCUUCAAAUUCGCGAUCUCAAUUAUCAAACUACAAAACUGAAUUUAACAACUAUUGAAAUCUUCUCAGAUUUAUCUUUAUUUUAUGAAAACAAUCAAUCAGUUCUACAAAUACUUCAUACCAAAGAUCAAAAUUUCAUUGCACAAAUCAUUUCUUCAUUAUCUCAACAGCUAAAUGGAAUGACCGAUGAAACUCUUCGCAAAUCGAUUCAAGAUGGAAUUCAACCAACACGAAUCUUUGUUUCAUCGUUAGGUCAACAACGACUUGUGUCGGAGAACUUUGUAUCGUCGAUAAAUGAAUCAACAAUGAAAGAAGUCAACGAACAACUUCAGUCUCAAGCAGAACUUCGAGAAUAUUUGAGUGAAUUCAUCACUGAUCUCACCUUAUCCAUUGAAAAUAUGAAAAUGCAAUUAUCAACAUUGAUUCAACUCACUGAAACAACAAAUCAAUUAACAAGACAAACUCUUACGAUCGUAUCACAGAAAUGUCAUCAAUUAGCAAAAGAUCUUCAUUCUUUAUUAAUCAAAAUUCCCUACGAAGAUGUUCAAAUGGUAGGUCAACAACUUCUUCAAUGUGCUGCCAACAUGUUAACAGGUGUCAAUGGAGUUUUACAAGAAAGAUCAAAUCUUUUGAAAUCAGAUUUUCAGCGUUCAACAAAGAUUCCCGAUGAUUAUGAUACAAAUUUGGAUUCUGAUUGGUCAAAUUUGAAAUUAUUCGUUGAUGGAAAUGAUUUGUCAAUGGAGAAAAUCAAUGAAAAUCGAAAUCGAUUUUAUCAAGAAAAGUUAGCGAGGCAAAUCAGCAAGAGAGCCGAUGAGAUCAUCUCAUUGGUCACUUCAUCAUUCAACAUUCAUUUGAAUAUCGGACAGAAGAUGAUUAUCGAUACACCAGAAACAUUUGUUUCAUUCGAAGUGAUUUCAAUCGACUCUCUUUCAAACAAAUCAAUCAAACAAGUUGGACGAGCAGAAAUUCAUCUUUCAUCAAAUGUCAAAUCUUCUCUUGAAAACACUUCACCUGUUUGUCUCGUGAGAUCAAUGAUGGAACGAUUAGCUGUAUUUGACAAGAAUUCUAAGACGAACCUUUCCACGAUGAUCUCACUGACAAUUCUCGAUCGAAAUGGAAAUGAAAUUCCAUUUAAAACAACAAAACAAAAUCCAAUUCGAGUGAGAAUUCCACGAGAUCCGAAUAUUAUAAUUCCACCAAUGAUCUAUCAUAAUGUUUCAUCAUUCAAUUCGACUCAUCACAAUCAAACAUUUCAUUAUCAUUUUGUGAAUAUCACCUCUUCUUUACCAAUUUCAGUUCAUCUCGAAUUUGAAUCAGUCAAUGUUAAUUUAUCACAUUUAUUUAUUUAUAAAUUUGAUCAAUUUCCAAGAUUGAAUCAACUCGAUGGAUGGAAAUUAUUUUGUUCAUCUGUUCAGAAAAAUCCUUCUGUAUUUAUUGAUAAUCAACAAACAAUUGGUUAUCAAACAUUGAUAUUUGGUGUACGAGAAUUGACUUCAACAGAAUCCAAAGAAUUCUGUUCGAAUGAAACUCUUCCAAUUCCAAUUGAUCCAGUUCAUUUCACUUCAGAUUAUCAAACGAGAGUUUAUAUAUCAGGUUGUUAUUAUCUUGAUGAACAAAAUCGAUGGAAAUCUGAUGGAUUAAUUGUUGGAUCGAAGACCAAUCAUUAUGAAACAGAAUGUUUUUCUACACAUUUAACAAAAUUCGCAAGUGGAUUUGUUAUUUUACCCGAAAUGAUCGAUUGGAAUUAUGUUUUCAACAAUGCAGAUUUUCACAAAAAUAAAACAAUUUAUUUGACUGUCAUCACCGUUACCAUCGUCUACAUCAUUUUGAUGAUAUAUGCACGGAAAUACGAUAAAAAAGAUUUUGAAAAAUUGGGUGUAACACCUUUGUCCGAUAAUCGAUCAUCCGAUAAUUAUUUUUAUCAAUUGAUCGUUUUUACUGGUCAUAGAAAAGAUUCAGGAACAAAAUCCAAAGUUCAUUUUGUUUUAUAUGGUGAAAAUGAAUUAACUCGUAUUCGAACAUUCGAUGAUCCACAAAGAGAAAUUUUUCAACGUAGUGGAAUUGAUUCAUUUAUCAUGGGAGUUCCAAAAUCAUUGGGAUUAUUUAAUUAUCUUCAUAUUUGGCACGAUAAUUCUGGUCAAGAUUCCUUUGCAUCUUGGUUUCUCAAAUACAUCAUUGUUCGUGAUUUACAAACAAUGAAAACAUCUUAUUUUAUUUCCCAACGAUGGUUUGCAGUGGAAAAAGAUGAUGGAAAAAUCGAACGCGUAUUUCCAGUUGCAAGUGAAAAAGAAAAGAGGGAGUUUUCAUAUAUUUUAUCAAAGAAAACAUUUCAUAGUUUAUCCGAUGGUCAUUUAUGGUUUUCAAUCUUUGCUCGUCCGCCAUCAAAACAAUUUUCCCGUGUUCAACGAUGUACUUGCUGUUUUGUUUUACUGUUCAUUUCAAUGCUUUCGAAUAUCAUGUAUUAUGAUCUCUCAAAUGAAACCCAAGCCAAGAAAGCAACGAGUCUUUCCUUCGGAACAUUUUCCAUCACAUCAGAUCAGAUUCUGAUUGGGAUAGUGAGUGAAUUGAUUUCAUUAAUUCCAAGUCUUUUGUUGAUUCAAAUGUUUCGUCGACUUCGAUCGCGUCAUCAUCGAAUAAAGCCAACCUGUGAAGAGAAUAAGAAGAAACGUUCAUUAACAUUUCCAUGGUGGUGUUUAUUCUUUGCAUAUGGAAUUUCUCUUCUACUAGUUAUCAUUUCGAUUUUCUUUAUCAUUGCUCGUGGAAUUGAAUUUGGUGAUGUGAAAAGUCAACGGUGGCUUGUUUCAGUUCUUUCGCCAUUCUUCUCAUCGAUUCUUCUGACCGAACCAAUUAAGGUGACGAUCCUCUUUCACUUGAUCUCAACUGAGUAUCUCUUUUUCGAAUAG